UCACUCUCUCUCUUUCUUCUCAUUCUCUUCCCCCUAUCUAUACAUUUCUCUUUUUUACUCUCGUCCGACCUUUUACAAUCUCUCUCUCUUUUCUCAUGCACUUUCACCUGUCUAUAGUCUUCUUCUUGUCCUCUUCUGUUACUUCCUACUUCUCUCCCUCUCCCCUUUCUCUCUCUCUCUCUCUCGGUCUUUACUUCCUCCUUACCUCAUCCUCGACGUCGCCAUCACUCAAUCACUUUCAAUUCGUUUACGUUUGUUUUGUUCAUCCAUCCAAGCUUCGCGCAACAAACCUGUUUCCUCUUUUCUCACACACACACUUAAACAUACCAAAUACUUUAUAUACACAUUUGUACAUACUCACGCAAUAGAUAUAUUUAUCGAUACACAUAUCCUCAGCCUUUAUUAUUAUCUUUUUUUUUUACAUAUUUAUACAUAUUGCUAGAAACACUCACCUGUUUAUUGCCACACACACACACACACACCUUGCAUUCAAUCCAAUCUAUCGUUAUUCUCUAUAAAUAAGAAGCACAUAGGUUACGUCCUUAUACAUGUUUCUACAUAUACACACACGUAUUUAUGUCCAUUAACACACAGACACACACGGACACUUUCUCUUUCUUUUGUUGUUUCUCUUUUCGAAUCAUUGUUUGUCUGCAUCCACGGCAACUGAAACAUCGAAAAACCUGUAAAAAUUUCACCAAACUUCAUCGACAGAGGUUGUUAGACGGAGCGAAUGCCUGCUCGACCCAAUCAAACCACCAAACACAUUGAAUACAUUCGCGCACCUGUUUUCGCAAAACAAAAACGCAAAUAAUUGCCAAAGCAGCAGCUGCAGCAUCAGUUGAUAACACUUCCAUUCCAUCGUUUCUCCAUCGUUCAUGAUUCGUCGUCGUCGUCGUCCUCCAUUUCGUCCAGCAGUGUAAUGGCUACGGCUACGUCCAGCCAUGGCCAACCCUCUGUUUUUAGUCUCCGUCACUUCGGUUGUGUUGGGUGGCGUCGCCUCUCUUUUCAUGAUGAUACCGCUGGGUAGCAAUUUCUGGGAAUACUAUAGCUACGAUGAACAGGCCUUGAAUACCUUCAACAACAGUCGCAGCGACAUCUUCAACGUGGUCCUCGUUAACCCGAACGAAAGCGCCAAGAUUUAUCGGGUUGACUUCAAACCGGACAAAAACAAUAGGAGCAACACCCCAGCUUACUUGUUCUCACAAUAUUCGGGCCUCAUCCGAAUUUGCAGCCAAGUAUCAGCUGAAACAAAGGCAAAAUGCAACCAUUUACCUGACAUGUGGAAAAACCCAUGUUAUAAUUUCGUAACGGAAUAUGAUGAGGAAACUAGUACAUUGAAUGCCAAAGGUAACAUAUUAGCAAAAAUGCAGACAUCUGCAGCAUCGUGUUUGAUUGUUAGCACGAUAGAUUUAAUGACAGCUUCAGCUCUUGGAAUUAUUGCUGUUUUCAAGAAGCAAGUUGCAUUAGUAAUGGUAACUGGAACUCUAUAUAUGAUGGCUGUUCUGUCAAUGCAGUACUUUGGAUCAAUACAUGUAGCCUCAUCAAUCUCUGAUUCAUUCGUCACUGAUCUUGGCUAACACGAUAUGCUCAGUUGUAAAAUACAGUUGGUGUGUCCCCCAAUAACCCCUAACGAUGCUCAGCUGCCCAAACUAUGCUUGUUUACUGUGUUGCAAGGCUCGGAUCUUUUCUGUUUGGAUGCCACUGGCUCCAAAAAUUAAAGUUUACUGAAAAUUUUAAAAUUUCUAAUACACUUGCCCAAACUGAAUUGCUGGAGUUAUUUCAUUUUUUUUUCCAGAAAAAUGUUUUUAAAAAGUUUUAGAGGUUCAAAGUUUGAGCAUUUUCACCCAGUCAGGAAACAGGGUUUGGAAGCUGUCAUUCUGUACGUUACUGCAAAUUUUGUCGUCCUGAAAAUAACAUGUUGUCAAUAUUUGUUGUCUCCGGUAGUUUUCUUUCAUGUAAAUAAAUUUUAUUUAACUGUUAUUUUUAGCACGAAAGUUCUCCGGUAAUUUUCUUUCGAGUAAUUAAAUGUUUAUGUUUAUUUAAAAGAGAAAAACAGUUUUAAUUCUCUGAGUGAGAUGUUGGCAAAUAAACUUUAAAUUGAAAGAUUUAUCGAAAA